AUGGCUUGGUUUUCUACCAUCGGAAACAGAUACAGAAAAAGGGAGAAAAUUCACGAUAUCGAAGGUAUAAUUUUACAUAAGCAAUUACUCGUCGAAAACUUCAGUAUGGAGGGAUUAAAUUUUUUAUAUUUUGUAUUUAUUAAUGGCUUGUCCGAUAUAAGAACCACAUUUCAAACGAGCCUGGGGUGUAAUCAAUUAAUGGAGUGCCAAACAGCAUUAGAUAAUUAA